AUGGGUGAGCCGGGGGCCGGGCACGCUGAGCCCGCCUCGCUGGAGGAGAUCGCCAGCAGGAUCUCUGACCUGAGCAAAUGGAGAGAAAUCUUUAGUUUCCGUGGCUUGGAAAUCAACAGCACGACUCAUCAGCAAGGACGGAGCGGCGCUGGCCAGGGACCGCCCGGAGCCGGGGAGUGCCCCGGGCCACAGCCCCCCUCCACCGUCCCCCAGCCCCUCCUGCUCCCCCCGGGCACGGGCGGCCGCCCCAUCUCCCCGGACACGGCAAUGAGGCUGCAGGAGCUGCUCUUCAGGAACACGGCCCCCGUUUUCAGCUGUGAGUGGGCAGCAGCACACUUCAGGUUCCACCAGCCACACUCUGAUCUGGCCUACGCGCUGCAGGCAGGAAAGGGAGGAACGAGAGCCAUUCUGGCUGCUGUACAAGCACAUGUCAUCACAUACCUGCUCUUCACAAGAGAGACAGAAUGUACUCACCUGGAAAGGCUGUGCCGGGUCGGGCGGUGGGAGCAGGGGCAGGCACUGGCCACGGCCCUGGCAGAGACCCUGUGGGCAGCAGGAGGAGGUGGCAGAGCUGUCGUGUGCCUCGUCACUGCCCCCAUCACCACGAUGCCACGUGAAGGCUACAGGGCCAACAGCUUCACAGAGAGAAUCCGGCUGUUCGAGUUCUCGGAGAAAGCUGCUGUUCAGGGGUUCAUCUCUGAUCACAUAAACUGUUUCAAAGGUGAAGGAAGCCAUGGAGUGAUCCUAUUUUUAUACAGUUUACUUUUCUCUAGGACACUUGAAAGGGUCCAAGAGGAUUUGGGUGACACAGCUCCUCUGUUGAACAUCAGUUCUGGGAACGUCACCUGUACAGAGGCCGUGCUCAGCCUGCUGCUGACAGGCCGGGCGAGCGCGGCAGCUCGGCGGCGGCCGGGAGCCGGAGCCCGGCGCUGGGCACGGGGCUGGCGAGGCGCCGUGGCAGCGGGGCCCCGUGGGCUUCCUGCGCUGGGAGCGGGCGCCGCUGGAGCGGCAGGUGAGCGCGGGGACAGCCCCGGCCAGCGGGACCCUCGGCACGGCCCGGGCUCCUGGCAAGCGUCCCCCGCCCAGGUGAGCCCCGGGCUGCGGACGCCCCGGCUGCCCGUGUGGCUGUGCAGCCUCUCGGGCAGGCACAGCGUGCUCUUCGGCACCGACAGCCGGCUGCUCUCCGACUGGAAAUCCGAGAGACUCUUCCACCUGUACUUCUACAGCGGGCAGCAGGAGCAGACCCAAACUGCCCACCUGACGAUAGACACUCAUUCACAUCACUGGGAAGAGGCUCAAAGAGAAGGCCCCUGCAGCCCAGGGAAGAGGCGCCCAGCCCUGGAGAUGGCGAUCAGGACCAAGUGGGCAGGUGCGACCGUCAGCUGGAACGGGACCGACCCCUUCUUCUGA